UUGCUUACUUUUUGCUCUGAGUGUACUUUGGGUGACGAUUGUAUGAUAUGUUCUACCAAUUUACAGUUAUUAUGAAAUUCCUCAAAUUUUAUUACUGCCUUGGUUUCAUUUGUAAACAAAUCCGAAAAUUCGGUGGAGGCACGCAUAUUAAAUUAAUGAUAUAAAUUAAAUGUCGCAUUCAUUUUGGUUUUUGCAUGACGGAUGUUAAUUUUAAUUCAAUUCUUUUUGCAAUUUUUUUCCCAAAGUGGUUUUGGGAAAACAAUUGGUCCACGAGUUUGCAAGAAAGAAAGCCCGAAGAGUAAAAUUUUAGUCUUGGUUAUUAGUAUAUAAUUGGUCUUAAUAAAAAAAAUGGCUGAACUAAACUUAAUUGAUUCACACUAACAGAUUAUAAUUAAAUGUGAAAUACUUGAUUUGAAAAUUUCCAUUUCGUAUUUUUGUUAAUAUUUGAUACCUAAAACUAGUCGUAAGUAGUGUUAACUAAACAAUUAAAAGAAGAAAAACCGAGACUUAUUCGUUAACCUCUUUGACAGUACUCAUUUGUUAAUAAAAUUUCACUUCUAAACGAUUUUGAUUUGAUUAUUAACUUUGAUUAUUAUUAUUAUUAAUUAUACCCGAUAGCAACCGAUUAACAUUUUCCACGAGUUUGCAAUAUUCGAGUUUUUGACGAAAAACACGAAAAUCCACUUUUUAGAAUUGGUCGGUACAGGGAAAAUUCACAAAUUUUAGGAAAAGAGAAAAGUAUCGAAAAAAAUUUGUGUAUUUCGUAGUCAACGGAAAAAUAAAAUACGACACAAAUUUACGUAUGUCGCCGUGAACGGAAAAUACAAUAAUAACACAAAAAAUGUGUACACUUCGUCGUCAAGGUGUUAAAGCUCCACAUUCCAAAAUCCAUAAAAAUCGAUAAAAAAAUAGACCCCCAAAUCCAGCUCACGUAUCGGCCCCGAAUCUAUAGUUCCGCUAGUGAUACAUAUGCAUAAUGUGAAGUUGGAAGUUGCACUACCCACACUGCUCCAAUUAUCACGAAGUCACGACCCCGACUCAUUUAAUUUUGUAAAAUUUAGCAGAUUUUCCCGACCACCAUUUUGGCACGACCGGGUCCACGUCAGCACCCACCACAAUUACAUUGCAAAAUACCAAGCUUCCCCUUAUUGGAGUUGAAUAUCACGAAAAUGAAUUUCAUUAUUAUUAUUAUUAUUAAACAUAAUAUUUAAUUUUCAAAAAAAAUUCGCAUAUUUUCGUGAACCAUUUUUGCAUAAUUAAUAAAUAUAUACACCCAAAUCAAUGACUAAUACAGAUUACGUCGCAAUAAGUGACGUCAAGUUGUACAUUUGUUGUAAUUAUUUAUAUACGCGGAGCAUCCUGUGUAGAUUAAAUCCAGGUAAACGAAACAGUAUACAAAUUGGCGUUGUUAUCAGGGCAUAAAUGAGAACAACCAAAAAAAUUAUCUCUCUACGCCACGAUUACAUUUAUUGAUACACAGUAUAUGAAAUAUACAUGUAUGAUGAAUCCUCGUAGUGUGAAUAAUUACCAGACAUCCAGCUCACCCAAAUCUACACAAAACUUAGCGUAAAGGAUUUAUCACAACUGUUUCACAGCCAAAAUAGUUCGAAAGUACGCCUAAAUCGUCCACCGUCAGUUAAAAAUUUGUUGAAUAAUUGGAAAUAAAUAAGUUUCUGGAAUUUUGUGACGACAUGGAAAUGGUCUCUUACAAACCUAGUGGAGAAAUGUAUAUGGUUGAAAACGAUCCAAGGAUCUCAAAUCCAUCUUCCACACCUCCUAAAAGUUAUCAGGUAGAUGUGAACACUUUGGAAGACAGCUUUGUCUUCUCCACGGCCUCAAUUCGUCAAGGAUUCGUCCGAAAAGUGUUUUCCAUUCUCCUACUCCAAAUCGUGACGACUUUUGGGGUGGUUACGCUAGUGACGUUUUCAGACAGUGUCAGAGAUGCGCUACGUAAUUUGACAUUUAUUUACGUAUCAAUCCCUUUGGUGAUUUUGGACCUUUGCUUGAUCAUCUUCAUCCUGGUGAAGCCAGAGCGGAUGAAAACCACUCCGAUAAAUUAUAUCGGAUUAGUGGUCGUGACCAUGGCAACUACGUUUCCGAUAGGGGUGGGAACGUCUUAUGUGGAGAUAAAAUACGCCGUACUCUUCCCGACCGGACUCAUCGUGACUAGCACGUUGUCAGUGCUCCUAUUUUGUCUACAAUCUCGGAAAGAAUUGUCCUUCUUGUCUGGUUUCCUGAUCUCCACGCUAUCCCUCGUACUAACUGCGGUCCUUCUUUUCUUCGCUUUUCGUGUAGAAAAUGAGAGAGAAAUGGGUACCAUCCUAGGUGUUGCGGUCGUAAUGACGAUACUUUUGGAAAUGUUGUGGAUCGGUCUAAUUCGUGGAAUUAUAUUUGGGGAUAAAAAUAGAUAUGGGACACGAUGUUCCGAAGAAGAUUACAUUUUGGCCGCAGUGCUGCUUUAUGUGGUGGUAAUUUUAAUCUUUUUGGUUAUCCUGCUCAUUGUCCUGCUCAUUGUGGGGUCAGGAAAAGGUGGUUCGAAUACUUGUGCUGGUUGUGGGAGUUGUGGAUGUCAUGGGGGUUGCGGGUUGUGGACUUGCCCGAUGUUUGGGAGAACGAGAGCGUAUAACGAACAACGACGGGAGGAGGGUUGCGUGCCGGGUGAGAAUGGAGGUGUUUCAUAAAUAAAAUUUGCUUAUUUAUUGUACUAGUCUUUAGAGCCCGGUUAGUGGGGGCUGUCUAAUAAACAAAAUAAUAAAAAUGCGA